AUGCAAGCCUCUCACGAAGAAACAUUCAAGUGCUCUCGAGGACACGUUCACAAAAAAGAGGAAACUCACACUAAAUACUGUAUUCGUGAUUGCCCUGACUAUUGCAAAUGCCACUGGCACAUCUCUGAGAUAGGUCACAACACCCAAGAGCUUGCAAGGCGCGAAAGAAGAGUGUCCGAAAGGGAGAUAAGAGUGGCCGGAGAGGAAGAUCGAUUUGCUAUGUAUGUUGAACAUUGGAACAAUGAGAUCUCAAUAAGAGAAGCUGUGGUAUCAUCAAGAAAGGCUUCACUUGAAAUAGCGGAAGAAGAAUUCGAGAGAAAGAAAAAUGAGCUUCUUGCGCCCAAAAAUUGGUUCGAACAGAUCGAAGAAUGGUCCCAAAAUGCAUCGGAAUGUGCUCAAGACGGCUCAUCGUAUGGCCCCGAUGGCUGGCUUCAACCAACCCGUGCGCUAGAUCCGGGAGAGAGACCACAUCACCGCCGUUCAUCCCACGGUGACCAUCCAACGCGACCGCAUGAAGAAUUAGGUCGUCCGAGAAGAGCCAGUUCCGCCAGUCAUCGUCAUCACCAUGAUUCGAAUCAACCUGCUAUACGAAUAACACCUCCAGACCCCAAUAUACACUCAGUACCCAAUAGCUGA